AUGUAAAAGAAGAGAGAGAAAUUUAGAAUUGAAACAAGAAGGAAUGAUCUUGAACGAUGUUUUAAAUAAAAAAGAGAAAUCUAAGAAUCAGGUGUAAUAAUAACAAUAGGAGAUUAUUGCUAUAAUUCUGAUAAUUUGUUAGGAAAGGGAUCUUAUUGUUAAGUAUAUGCAGGUUGGAAAGUAUUUAGCAGAUUUAAUGAUUUAGUAUUAGAAUAAGAAUAAGAAGGUGGCAAUAAGAGUAAUGGUUGGGAAUGAUCGUGUAGAUUAGGAAAUAGAAUUGUAGAAAAGUUUAAAAUCUAAGAAUAUAGCAAGGAUUUACGAUGAUGUAAAAAUUGAAGAUAAACAUUAUAUAAUAAUGGAAUUAUGUGAUGGUAGAUAACUAUCUUAAAUUUGAGAGUCUUUAAGCAAGCGAUAUUAAGAAUUUAAUAGGAAGGAGGCAAUAUAGUAUUUUUAGCAAAUUUUAGAUGGUUUGGAAGAAUUGGAGAAACAUAACAUAAUACAUAGAGAUUUGAAAUUGGACAAUAUAUUAUUGAAAAAGAAAUAAGUAAUGAUAAUAGUGAUGUAAAUAGAUAAAGAUAAUUGAUUUUGGAUUUGCUAAGAAUUUGAUAGAUAAUGGAUUGGGAACUGAAUCAGUAAAAUGUGGAACUCCAGAAACCAUGGCACCAGAAGUUCAUAAAUGUAAUAAACGAACAAUUUAUAGUGAUAAAUAAGAUGUUUGGGCUUUGGGAAUAAUUUUACACUAAUUAUUUUAUAAAAUUCAUCCUUUCGAAUCAUUAGAAUGUUUAUUGUAAAGUUUAUUAUAUAAAAAUUUAGGGAAAAUAAACGAAGAGAUAUUUAAGAAGAAGAGGAUCUAGUAGUUAAUGAUUUUAUCAAUAAAUGUUUGACAGAGGAUGAUUAAAGAAUGUCAAUAAAAGAAGCAUUAUAACAUCGGAUUCGUAAAUAUCGUAUUGCUUUGGAUCCAGAUGAUUAAAAAACACUCUUUAGCUAAAUAAAAGAUUGUGUCUAAAACAAACUAGAAAGUUUGACUCAUUAUUGGUAUGAAACAGUAAGGGGUUACUUAAUUAAAUGA